AUGGCGGGAACCUCUAGAGUGGUCACGCUUACUACUUCCUAUACAGAAAUUUUUACUGAAUACCGCUUCGAGGCGUGCUCAGAACUUAGCGGUUAUCAGUUCUUCGAUGGAAGCCAGAUGUCCUCGACUUCACCACUCAAUCACAAUAAUGAUAAACACGGUCAAAAGACCUUCAUCAAGCAUGAUGGCUCCAUACUUUACUGCAAGUUUUUGAUCUCUGCCCAACAUGCUAAUUAUAUGGAAGUGCAGGAUCUAGUCGAUGGUGCAGCCCAUGGUCAGGUGUCGCGUGAUAUACUCCCUGCAUUAUGCGCUGGACUCUACCGCACGCGCGUAUAUGUCUCUUUUGGGUUUCAGAACUCUGGACAUUCGAAAUCAAAGAAUGAGAAUCUGCGAAGAGGCUACUCAUGA